GUACUUCCAUCAAAAUGUACGCCAUUUUCAUUUUAUAGAGAAUCGCAUUUACAAUAAAUCUAGUGAUUUGCGUCUUUUUUAUAAAAGUGAAAAUAUAUUAGAAUAACUUUUUGGAAACUAAACCGGCGCGUUAAUAUACUAAAAUAUAUAAAGUACUCUUUGCCAGAAGUAUACAAAUCACGCUAAAUUAUGAAUUCUGUUUUGUUUGCCUGUUCGAAAUGCUUUUCGAGGCAUCCAUUCGAGGAGUUGUCUGCGGGCCAACAGCUAUGCAAGAAUUGCCGAGGAACUAGCUCAGUUGUCAAAUGUACUUAUUGCCGCACUGAAUUCCAACCAACAACAAAAUCUCAAAGUGUCUGCAAGAAAUGUGAGCACUGUCUCAGCAAGUAUGGCAAACCCAAUGCCUGUGAAUGCUGCAAGAUCGUGGCGGCGUUUGGAAACUCUAAAUGCGUAAGAUGUGCAACCUAUGAAGCAAAAUAUGGCCCACCGAUACAAUGUGAUGAAUGCAAGCAGCGAUGUGCUUUCGAUAAGCGUGACGAGAACAAAAAGGUUAACGGCAAAUUACUUUGUUGGUUAUGCACCAGUUCGUUUAAACGGGCUCUUAUAAAAGCUCAACAGGAAGGCAGAAUAUCAUCCAAGAAACGACCGCAUGAAAAAACGCACCGAGACAGUUCAACGACUUCGGCUAAGAAAACCUCGCGACCGUCUGCAGAUAUAAAAAGUAGCAGCGGCGGUGCUGGCGGGGGAAGUAGUGCUGCUAUUGCUUCUUCAGGCGGAGAACUGCCUGAGAAAAUUACUCGUACUGGAUCUGGUGGGAGUGGUGGAAAUGGUAGUGGUAAUGGCUCUGGAAUUGGCCUGGGCUCUAUAGCCGCACCAGCUGUUAUCACAAUCGACCCUAAUUCAGCAGAUCACGUAGUGGCCAUGACAAACUUAAAAGAACGAAUCGCCAGUCUAGAAAAACGUCUUCAACAAAAGGAUAAGGAAUUACUAGAAAAGGAUAAAUUGUUGACAGAACUGAAGGGCAAAAACUUCGAAAAAGAAAUUGAAAUGCGCAACAAAGUGAAGGAAAUCGACAGAUUACAUGACAUGAAAGUGGAGAAUCUUAAUCGUAAAAUUAGUAGUAUAUUGAAAGAGUUAGCGUCAGUGAAGAAGAGCACAAAGAAGAAUGGCACAAGUGGAGGCUCAAACGCCAAGGAACGUCAAAGUGAGCGUGAGAAACGAGAAAACCUUUCUCCAAAAGAGGAACUCGUUGAAGACGAGCAACAACGUGAAAAGGAAGUAAAGGAGGAGAAGAUAGAAAAGGAUGAAAUCAAAAGUGAUGAAGAGCAAGAGCGCGAGGAAAAGAGAAGUGUUGAAUCUGGUUCGAAUAGUCCGUCAACAAAUUGAAGGUUGUAACAAAGGAUACAUUAGUUAAAUUUUACAAUAAAAUUUCACGAGUAUAUGCAACGCUUUCACAUCUAUAUUCCACUUAAUCCAGUCGUGUAAAUUGUAUGCUAAAUGUUAACUUGGUUAAUAAUUAUGAUUUUAAAUCGUUAAAUCGUGUUACAAAACAUUAGUCCGAUACCAUUACAAUUCGGUAACUCGAUAAUUCUAAGUCUGAACAACCUCUUUUAUUUUUCUCUCUUUCUCGGUAACAUAAAAAAUCAGCCGAAAGUCCUUUUUUUUUAAUUACUGAAUGUUUAUGCCAUAAACUAAAUAAUAUACUUAUAAAUUUUAAUAUAUUGCGCAGUUCCAGAAAACAAAUAGGGAGUUGCAAUGAAACAAAUUCAGGCUUGUCACCUCGGUAACGCUGUAUUAUUGGCCGUUUAUGCUGCACUCUAAAUCUCUAUGUAGCCCUUAAUGCAAGCCUAAAUGUACACUUAUUCAUACAAAAUCCUCUACCUAAAUUCUAAAUAUUUUUUCCAUUGCGAAAUGCUAAAUGCUGAAAGUGAAUGUAAUCUUCGAAAAAUGUGUUAAUUCGAACAACGUUUUAAGUUCUUUUGUGACAAUCCACUUCGCAAAUCCAGGUGUUUAUAUUCUAAAUUAUAAUGAAAAUAUAGAAUUAUCGACAGAUCUAACUUUAACAUAAAUAAGAAAAAUGUUAUGUAAUUCCUUUGCUUUCAAAGCCUCACGCUUGAAAGUAUGCAUUAGAAUAUUGUAAUACACCUAUCAGUACAUAUAUAGUGUUUUACAACAAGAACAAGCACCGGAUUCUGAAUGUGAGUAAAUAUACGUUUAAUAAAUGCGGUAACAGCGCAUUGGUCUAUGCUGUAUUCGGAAGAUUUGACAAAAAAUACUUGGAAUUCAUUUUCGAAUACCGAAUUGUAAUUUUACCGAGCUUGACUUGAAGAGCACUAUUGGAAAAAUAUAAUUUUAUAGUGAGCUGUUAUAACGAUUCUCAUUCAAGUAAUGGAAAUAGUAAUGAAACCUUAGUAUUGAUUAUAACUAUAAGUAUUAAGGAUGCUCUUUUUAUGCUCUUAAGCUACUUAGAAUGCAGUUUAUUUGUUUUUGUCUCUAUCUUGAGUAAGGAAGUAAAUGAAAGCUUUAUGAUAUCGUUUAGUUGUAUAUGCUCAGCGUACCGAUUAUUCAGGUAUUACACACAUUUUUUUUAGUCUUGUUCUAAAUUUUUGUAGAUAAUAUUUUCUUAUUUUUGUAAUUUUUUUGCGCUGCGGCAUUAUUCUUUAGAAGAUAACUUAUUUAAGCGAAGUGGAACUCUUUAAACUGAAUAAAGAACAUUAAAACCAA